CCACCUUUGGGCAGAUUAAGUAUCUCAAUCACUUAGCCAGAGUCACAAUAAUAUUGUUUCAAUGGAGUCUUCAUAUAUUUCUUCUGAUGUACUUUUCGAGAUUUUAUCUCGAGUAUCUCUCCAAACCUUAGGGAGGGGCAGACUGCUUUCCAAGGAAUGCAACAAACUCACGUACGGCUCCAAAUUCAUGCAACUUCAUUGUCAGAGAACUGGCACCGUCUCUGGUUUUUUCAUUCAAAGCUUUGUUAGGAACAAACACAUCUCCACGUUUGUGUCCUCGGACAACCCUCAUGCCUCCAGGCUAAUUAACCUUGAUUUUUUACCCCAUCCUGUGAAGAUCGAAGCUUGUGCAAAACAGGGGAUCUUGCUCUGUACCUCCCAAUACCCUCAACAAACUGAAUACUACAUCUGCAAGCCUACAACAAAACAAUGGCAAGUUUUGCCCAAUCCCAACCCUCAUUACUUCACAGAAAGAAUAGGCAUUAUGGUGGUUGCAUCGAAUCCUUUAAGAUACAAGAUAGUUCGAUUCUCGAAAUCCAACUAUUAUCCCAAGUUCCAUGACUCCUCCCCUUACAAUCUUCACUGUGAGAUUUUUGAUUCAGAAAACUGGACAUGGAAGCAGUCAAAAGAUGUAAACUUGCCAUUCUAUGAGCUGUUGGAUUUUAAACCAGCCAUAUCGGUGUCUGGUGCUCUUCAUUGGAAGACUAAUAGUAGAAAAAUAUUUUCCUUUGAUGUAGAAAAACAGAGCUGGGAAUUGAUUUCCUUGCCAAAACCGUUGUGCCAAACUGAAUGCUGCGAGCUUGUGGAAUAUGAAGGGAAAAUGGGUUUGAUCUGCUUGAAAAAGGACCAUUAUAUGGAGCUAUGGGUCAGAGAGGGGCACAGCCACAGGAGGAAAGUGUGGAGUAAAAGGCAUGGGAUGGAUAUGGAAGGUUUUGAAAGAGAGGAGCCAUUAUGUUGGGUCGAAGCUUUCUACAAUGCUGAUAUUGCUGUGAUCAGAGGUUUUUGCAAAGUGAUAUUUUACAACUUCAGGAAUGGUGACAGUGAUGCUGUGAGGUUGGAGAAGAUGUUUGGGAAUUACCACUUGUUCUUGUAUCAAUCAGAUUGGGAGCCUGUUAAUUUAAUGGGAAAGGAGCAUUCAAGAACACUAAGCCAGAAUCGUUAUUAAUCAUGUUAAAAAAAAAAGAAGUUAUUAUUAGUUUUUCAUUUUUUUUUUUUAGAGUUUGUAUGCACUGUAAAUAAAAUUUGAUGUUGUCU